AUGUCGGCCCGCGAUGCACAUCUGCUAAGUGCAUGGCCCGGGCCGUGGUCUUCACCGGGGCGCCUGGCCAGGCCGUGCUCUCAUCUGCUUCUUUGUCUUUCAGGAGCCCAGCCGCUGGGGCUGCCAUAUUACACUGACCCCGGAGGACCAGGGAUGAAUCCUGCUGGGAACCCCGUGGCGAUGGCUUUCCAGGUCCAGCCCAACUCGUCCCAGGGAAGCACGGCCUACCCACCGCCCCCUUCCUACUGCAACACGCCCCCACCCCCAUACGAGCAGGUGGUGAAGACCAAGUAG